GACAAGUGUGAUGUCAUACAAAAUGUAAAUAAUUGGUAAAUUAGCGGAUUUGCGAAAUGCGAAUCGGAUUUUAUAAACGUUUAGCUCUUUAUCGUUUUGUUCUAAUGAAAAAAGUGCGUUUUGAAUGAAUAUCGAAAGCAGAAAACAAACCAAUAAUUAAAAAGAAUGCCAUCGGGACGAAAACGAUGGAACUUGCAUGAUGGACCUCAAGGCUCCCUACGGAGACUUCGGAAUCAGCUGGCCGAGGAUGGGUGUGCAGAGUCCCAGGUGGUGUUAGCUAAACAAUUGUUGGAGGAAAAAUGUGAAUUGGAGGCAGAUAAGAUAUCCAAUUUUAAACAGGCCCUAGAAUGGCUUAUUUGUGCUACUGAACAAGCACACCCUGAAGCCAGAAGAAUGCUUCGAAGGUGUAUUCGUUCAGGUGUAAUAGAUGAAGACAGCGCUCCGAUAGUGCGAGCCAAGUCCUGUUUGGCGGCCAGUCGACAGGAGACUGUAGCCAGAAAGGCUGCGAGGGACCUUUUUGCCAGUCUGUCAAACGGGGAGCAAUAUAUAACCACAGCCCAGCUGGAGCGUCGUAUUCGCGAGAUUUGCUCCACCACGCUGAGGAAGGGUGAUGACGAUGCCAUAGAUGAUGACUCGCCAGAAGAAGCUAGAGCCUUAGACGGUGAACAGGCCUUGGAACCCUCACAGCUUCAGGCCGGGGACCAUAUACACACAAAUGGCACCAUACGGACACACGAUAUCGGUGAUGAUUACUCAGACAGACGGACACAAAACGACGAAAUCCGCAACCUUACAGUAGACAACUUAGUUUCCGCGGCCGUAGACUAUUGCCAGGGCGAACUACCUCUAGUCAGUUACGAAUUGACCCUAACAGACCCUAGCAUAAAGGCCCUAGACCAUAUCCCUAUACUCCACCAAGCUUUCCUACACCCCAUAGUCUUCAUACAAGUUCUUUAUCUAAAACUCUUAUACUAUCUCGGGUCAUUUUCCUUCAGACUAUCAAAUAUCGAACUUUCUUUGUUACUCAUAGCAUAUUUAUCCGUUAGUACGGACAGUCUUUACCAUUUAGUGCCAUUAGUUUUGUACUACGCAAGCAUUAUAGUUAUGACUAUAUGUACCUUCAAAAUGUUGCUAGCAAAACGACAGUUUAUAGAUUUCCGAAAAUGGUCUGGGUUAUUUUUACGGUAUAGUGACGGAAAUCUGCAGCCGGACGAAUCGGAAAACCUAUUUGUACGGAACAACCUCGGUCCCUUUUUGCAGUUUUUCGUGGCGUUGUUCGUUAAUUUGUUUCUGUAUCCGUUUAUAGCGAGUCAAUGGGUGCCGUUUUCGGAAUUCUGCGUUUUGUCCUUCUGUUUAAUGUUCUUGACUCUGUUUUCGUUCGGCACAAACGGCAAUCCUUAUCCAGACGUUUUGGCGUUGAUUUCUUUUGGUAUAAACGUCUUAGCGAAGUACCCUUAUGAAAAAGAUACAGUGGUACACCAAGGUUGGCGAUUUUUAGAUUUGCACGUAUCGAAUUAUCCGUCUUAUAUCCUUGGGAAUAGCAUCGAGUUUUGUUUGAACGCUCGCGUUUUUUUCUCUUUGCUUAUACCGGUGAUUUUGUUUGUGAUGGCUCGUAGAAGUAAUUGGUCUGGAUUUUUGAAGUAUACCUUACCCCAUUGCGUGACUUUGAGCUGGUUACAGAUGUUCAUUACAUGUUCCCAUGGGUGUACUACCUAUGGUUUGAUUAGGGGAACUUUGGCGUUGGUUUGCUCGUUCCUAUUUCUGCCCUUAAUGGGCAUAGUGACGGUGUCUUUGCCCAUAUUUGCCUUCCUCCAGUAUGUGACGAUCUCCAAGUUUUUCUAUACUUUGACGGUUUUGGUUGGACUGACUGUGGGUUUGGGGGUGACGUGUUUGCUGGCGAAAUCGGAAGCUACCAAGAAAUUCGUUACACCGUUUCAGCUCGCAGUCGGCCUAAUAACACUAGUGUACAUAAGCAAUCAAUUCCUCAUACAAAUCCAAGACGACGGCCUACCUUCCGGAUUAAUAGAAAUACUAGGCGAGAAAAAACCCAGCAUAAAAAACCUAUUGAAAAACGACUUCAUGACAGAUUAUGACGAAAACACGUACCACAUAAGUUGGGAUGAUUAUUACAACCAAUGUAAUUCGCCAUCUUGGACAGAAAGCAAUAUGGCGUCCACUCAAAUAAAAUGCUCGGUUUUAGACGGCGCUAGUGUAAAUUGGGAGGGUUAUGUAAAUGAUGUCAAAUUAAGAAGUGUACGUAAUCGUUGGAGUUACUUUACGUCUUGGUUGCCUGCUGUUUUGUCGGAGUACUUCAAGUGUUAUUACGGCGAGGAAUAUUCGACCCUAUGUCAGAGUGCGGAAGGUGCGAUGUUGAAUGACUGUGAGUUUGUUAGCAGCGUCGCGCGGCAGAACGGACGGAGCUGUCACUUGAAUAAUUUGAACGAAUACACUUACGAAGUAACAGUCAACAUGGAGGCGAAUGGGGGCAUAUUGAAACGCCAUGCGGAAAUAUCUCUAAUAUUCGAUAACGUUUUCACCAACUUCACGCGUCUCCUACGUUCCGACGACAAGAUACGCUUCAGAGGCGUCCUGACAAACGAAAAUGACUCUUACAACAUUGGUAAUAAGGACCUCGUUAUCAAAGGCCACGAAAUAAAAUGCAUAGAAUGUAAAACCGCGAGAGGCACAGUCAGUUCGAGAGUUAGAUAUUCGUCAAAACUUUCGGAAUUGUGUAAAACUGUUGUGAACGAUUGUAUUGUAUCGGCGAAGUAUAUAAUGAAUUUUCUUUUGAAUCCUAUUAUUGUUUUUAAAUAAACUUUGCGACUGUAUGUA